AUGGCUAUACGUGCAGCACCUGCUUCAACUGUAGAAGACAUCGUAUCAUUACUCCAACGCAAGUUUCCUGCUAGAUCCUUUGUGGUAUCCAAGCUGCCCAGAUGGAAGAAUGGUUUCACUGACUCUUUCAAGAACUCGGCUUAUAUUAUAUUCACUAAACCAGGCAUCAAGAUUAAACAGCUCUUUUACGUUGAGGAAAGUUCUGUGGAAGGACACAUAGAAAGCAGCGGGAUAAUUGCUGGUACUGAGACCAACAAGGUGAAAUAUUCAAUCAUUUGCCUUUACUGCCCUCCAUCUGGAGAUAUCAAUAUAUUCCUUGAAGGUCUAACAGCAAUCUUGAAUACAGCAGCAGAUACUAGUGAAAAAAUUAUUCUAUGUGGCAAUCUAAACAUCGACAGUUCAAAAACAACUCCUUCUUCAAUGUUUUUAGAAGACAUCUUAAGCUCAUUCAACCUGCUCAACUGUACUAUUGGACCUACACGAAUUUCUGUAAACAAAAACAAUCAAAUUUCGAGCACGACCAUAGACAAAGAACAGUACAUUAACUAUCUCGUAAAUGAAAGCAGGCAUCUACAGGAGCAUCAUGAGUUGAUUAUUGCUAGUAUCGUCGACAACGAAAUUAUCACCUCAGUAAGCAAGAUAAAAAAAAGAAUCGAAAAAACAGAUAGAAAAAUCUCAUAA